UGGCUAGUUACAAUAUCGGCUGCGCGCGCGGCCACAUGUGACCAUGGCAUUAAAAAAAUAUAUCGCGUUAGUUUUUUUAUUUGUGGCCAGUGUUAACUGCAAACAAGCAUACAAAAUAUGCGUGGCAGAACAAUAUUUGAAAGCAUGCGAGGAAAUGCUGGAAGUGCCGACCAAGAGCAAAGCAGUGCUGAAAUGUAUUCCAGCGAGAGAUAGGAUGGAAUGUCUAAGCUACGUGCAGCAAAGGCAGGCGGACUUCGUGCCCGUGGACCCUGAGGAUAUGUACGUGGCCUCCAAGAUCCCCAACCAGGACUUCGUGGUCUUCCAAGAGUACAGGACUGAUGAUGAGCCAGAUGCGGAGUUCCGUUACGAAGCUGUGAUAGUGGUCCACAAGGAUCUUCCCGUCAACAACUUGGACCAACUGAAGGGACUCAAGUCGUGCCAUACUGGAGUCAACAGGAACGUUGGAUAUAAGCAUAGAUACUCGUCUCAUAUUCAGAGCUCGGUCUUGUCCCGCCAGAUGUCACACAGGCAGACAGAGGUUAAUGGUUUGUUCCAAGGUGCCGCCACCAAACCGGAAUGGUUCACCAACGUGUUGGGGCUAUCAGAGAAGAUUCACCACGUGGCUGACAACAUCCCCAUCAAGCCAGCCGACUACUUGAAGAAAGCCAACUACACCGAGGUCAUUGAGAGAGGGCAUGGACCUCCAGAACCAGUUGUCAGGCUCUGCGUAACUUCCAACGUGGCUCUCGCGAAGUGCCGCGCUAUGGCCGUCUUCGCCUUCAGUCGCGACAUCAGACCCCAACUGGACUGCAUACAGGAGGCGUCGGAGGCCGACUGUUUGAAGAACGUGCAAGACAAUGGCUCGGAUCUCGCUUCGGUAGACGACUCAAGAGUCGCAGCCGCAGCCAAGAAGUACAAUCUCCACGCGGUGUUCCACGAGGUGUAUGGCGAGAAGAAGAAGCCUAACUACGCCGUUGCUGUCGUCAAGCGAGACUCCAAUAUCAGAAAGAUGGAGGAUUUGAGGGGCAAAAGCUCAGACUGCUUCGGUAGACGACUCAAGAGUCGCAGCUGCAGCCAAGAAAUACAACACCCGUGUAUGCCGAGAAGAAAACGUCUAACUACGCCGUUGCUGUCGUCAAGCGAGACUCCAUCGGCUACUCAAGAGUCGCAGCCGCAGCCUAGAAAUAAGUACAACCAGGUGAAUGGUGACAAGAAGCCUAACUACGCCGUUGCUGUCGUCAAGCGAGACUCCAAUAUCAGAAAGAUGGAGGAUUUGAGGGGCAAAAGAUCUUGCCACAAUCCCUACGGAAGCUUCAGCGGCCUGGACGCACCCUUGUUCUACCUUAUCAACAAAAAACUCAUCAACCCCGAUCAGUGUAUCAAAAACCUUGGCGACUUUUUCUCUGGCGGUGUCUGUCUGCCAGGUGUCGACAAAGCCGAAAACAAUCCACGUGGUGACGAUGUCUCAAAUCUGAAGAAGCAGUGCUCCACUGAUAACAGCCCAGUGAAGUGCCUUGAAGAAAACCGUGCUGACGUCGCUUUCGUAUCAAGUGCCGAUUUACCAAACUUUGACAAGUCAAAGUACUUGUUGGUUUGCUUAAACACAGAUGCAGGUGGCACGAGCUCGUUUGAGAACUUCGAAACUUGCAACAUCGCCAUGGCCCCCUCGAGAACCUGGUUGUCAGCUAAAGACUUCUUGUCAGAUGUCUCCAUAGCCCACACUCCGUUGAGUCUAGCACAACUUUUGGCUGAUAGAACUGAUCUAUUCAACAUUUACGGAGAAUACUUGAAGAAUAAUAAUGUUAUUUUCAAUAAUGCUGCCAAAGGCUUGGAAACUACAGAAAAAAUUGACUUCGAGAAAUUCAAGGCAAUACAUGAUGUUAUCAACAAUUGCGGAGUUGCUUAAAAACUUUUCAUAUGUAAAUUAUAGUUUUAAAGCCACAAUUCCAGGUGUUACUAACAAAUUAGUGGUAAGAAUGACAAAAACAAAAGUCUGAAUUUAUGAAUUUUAAUUACAUCGCUUAUAAUGGUAAUGAUAAUAAAUAAAUAAUACCCAUA